AUGGCGCGAAAUCCGGCCAUUGACCCUCCGCGACUCGCUCCGCCCGCGAAAGCCUACUCGACCACUUCGUCCUCACCCACACACUCACGAUCUCCUUCUCCAUCGCGACACAAUCACAACCAUUCGCAGUCCGACGAUCCUCUGGGCCGCGAUCUUUCUCCGAGUCGUACCUUGAGAGCAUUCACCUCGACGCCUGGAAGCGAAGAGAGCAAGAGUCAGGCCGCCCUAGUACGCUUGAUUGAGAAGGCAUCGACUUCGGAAAGAGCCUUCGGCAUCAGGAUAGCCCAGACGUGCAAGGUCAUCAAAGCCUGGCACACCGAACUGCAACAAUGGCCCUGGACUGGCUCGUUCGAGCCUCCUGCCCAUGCCGCACAAGCCGUCGAGGGUCCCUACUGGGGCAGCCUUCGUGAGAGCCAGGUUGUAGCAUAUGAGCAACGUAUCCAGGACAUCCGCGAAGCCCUAUUCGACCUGGACGUCGACGAGCUCAAAGACUACGUCCUCUCCCAACACGUUCAGCCAAAGACGUCCGACUACGAGCUCUACGAACGUCUCGACGACUUCACUGCCUUGAUUACUGCCACCAUCCUCCGUGCUCUGCCCGAUCUCUCCCGCCUAGGUCGCUUGUUGGACACUUGGUCGAUGCGCGUUACGCUGUUGCGCAAGGUCCCUGGCUAUCUCAGAGGCCUUGAUCAAGCCAAGACUGAUUUGGAUAAUGCUUGGUCUGCCAUGGCCCAACGUCUUCGAGACACGAACGAUAUAUCUACCAUGCGCAAUGCUUUACAAGCGACCCAAGAGCAACUGGAGUCACGCAUGGGUAAGGUCGGUGGACGACUUGACUCUAUGCUAGACGACCUCGAGGGACGCGACGAAACACUUCCGGAUGCCUGGAUUGACACGUUUGAAUCGCUGGAGGCAAAUUACAGUGACUGGCGUACUCAGACCGAGCGCCACGUCGCUGGUCAGAACAUGCCUCUGCUUGUGCCUGACAGCAAAACUCAGGUUCCUACUGAUGUAGCUAUCCGUGAUAUCUCUCCACCCUCUGUCAAUUCUUCUGACCAUGAAGAACCCGCCGGUGUACAUGCUGCCUCGGAGCUGAAAACGUCUUCAGAAGUCGACUCGAGUAUUGCUUUGCUCGUAGAAGGUGGUUCUGCCGGAUCCGGGGACCAUGGUGACGAGCGCGCCCAAAUCCAACUGGUUGAGAGCCCUAUCCUGGGGACAGGCUCUACGUUCUUACCAGAUCUGGAUGAGGCUUCUGAUGUCGAAAGCGACAACGUCUCUCAAGACCUGAAGAAGGUACCUGUGUCGUCAAUUGACACUGCUCAGCCAGCUGUGUCUGCUACUGAUUCUCUCCAUCGGGCUGGCAGCUUGAAGUCGUUGUCACCAAGUAUCGCGCGCUCUCGCCAUGUGCCCAUUGUUGUCAAUUACAACGAAGCUGCGGCGCCGAGUCCUUCGUCCUCGAUUGCACCAUCUCCCGUUCUAGGAUCUCCGAAAAUUGCCGCUUCGACGUCUCCGGCGCCAGCUACGGAGCAGGCUUCUCCGGCUGUGAAUAGUGUUCGUGCCAGAGCAGCUUUCCUGAAUGGAGGCAUCGAGCGUACUCAAUCGCUGCAAAAGUCUGUCAAUAGUCCUGUCCGACCCUUUGAACAUGCCUCCAUGGCCUUCACAAAGCUAUUCAACAAGACUAACAACGCUUCCAACGGCACACCUACUCAUUCCAGGACCAGCUCUACUUCUAGCCGAGUAAGCAAUCGCAAAGGUCUAGGUCUAGGUCUCAAAAAUCACGAGGGCUUCCGUCACUUCCAUCGCUCUUCGUCUCUGACAAUGCCUGCCCAGCCUGACAACAACAGCGGCAGAGAUUCAACAAAAGAAUCACAGCUACCUGCGCAAUCCUCGUCACCACCAGGCCCAAGGCUGAGUUUCGGUCCAGCACAAGCUGCCGCGACCCGUGCUGUCUCUCAGCCUGCGCAUAUGAACUUCUCAGAAGACCUCGAAAGACCCAUGGAAGCAUUUGUCACUCCAGAGAUCGAACAAGACUACUUCCCCUCUACCGAGAACAGCAAAUCAACACUUGACUCGAACUGGAAUUCACCAGCACCCAGUGAAUUUCCAGAAAACUGGCCCCUGCCCGUCAGAAUUUACGAUGAUGAGAUCCACACACCCAAAGAUCCUAUGGGCUCUGAUGUGUUUGAGAAGAUGUUUGUCGACAGUCUACCCGGCACACCACAGACCAAGUCUCGACCACCAUCACAAGAAAGCAAUCCUUUCGAAAAGAUGUUCAGAUCGAAACGUUCAACAUCAAAAGAACCGCUUUUCGACGAUGCAAUGCUCGGUGAUAUCUCUCAACAUAGACCUCGCAGCGGGCCAUCAUCACCUGUUGGUUCGAGGCCAAGACAUAUGUCCAGACCGAGCACCACGAGCUUACCUUUUGAGCCUAUCACAGAGCUGCCAACGCCCGGGUCGUUCGAUGCGACCCCUGAGCUGCAAGACGCUUCAUCUGCGGGCUACUUCAGGGCGAAGCAGGUACAGACAUCACCAGGAACUAGGAUGUCACCGAUUCUUAGGAGCAAUACUUCGUGGAGUAAUUUUAGUUCGGUAGGAGCUGGACACGAUGAGGUCCUCGAGGAGCCUGACGAGCGCGAUGAUCAUAACAGCUCUAGCAAGAGACGCUCGAUGAUCAAGAGAGCUUCUGUGACUUCGAUCGAGGCCCACCCGAGAUCAGAGCUGACCACAAUCGAAAUACCUAUUGUGUCCAGACGAUCUAGUCUCUCAUCUCCACUUACGGCCAAGCUAGUCAAGGAACCAUCAGCAGAUGAUCUACUUGACGAUCAGGNNGGGGAUUUUGGUGGUGAGCCACCUUCCUUUGGACUGCCUCCCCCAACCAUGCGUUCAGAUACAGAGAGAAGUAACAUCGCCAAAAGUGUUGGAGCUUCAAAACCGCCUCCACUGAAUCUUGAAGUUCACAAGCGUCGCUAUGUUGUCGAGCCGGAAGCUACGCCUAGAGCUUCGGAAACCAACCGCAGCAUUUCCCAGCCCGAGACGGCUAGAAAGGGACACACGCGUAACACGUCGAAUGCCGAGCAGCUGGAUCGACAUGUCAGCCGUGUUUUGAACACUCUGCCAUCCCGUAUCGCAUUCAAGCCUUCCCUCUCGCUUCCGUCACGUGAGCCAUCUCCUGCACCAAGUACUGCUGCUGGUCCUGCUCGACCACGUCCCGUUUUGUCAAGCAAACCCCUUCGUACGGAGCUCACGCUAUCAGCCGCUCAGUCAGAGUUGACAUCUAGAAGAUCGAACGCAAACGAUGCCGAUGGGAAAAUGUAUUACCUGACACAAGAAGGGAGAGAACAACCCAUCAAACUAUUCGUCCGCCUUGUCGGCGAGGGCGAACGUUGCAUGGUGCGUGUAGGUGGAGGUUGGGCUGACCUAGGCGAAUAUCUGCGCCAAUACGCAGAGCACCACGGCCAUCGUACUUUUAGUGACGGUAAGCUGGAAGUGGGCAGCAAGCGUGUUGGCGGGGGCACGAAAACCCGAACACCGCUUAGUAGACCCGGAAGCGUCCUCGGUCGUCCAGACAGCAGUAUGAGUUUCCGCAGUCGCUCUUCUUUUGGUGUUGCAGGGGCUGCUUUGCCAAUCGACAUGCUGCACAGCAGUCCUUCGGCAACUACCCAACCUAUUGAUCUCACACCCACCACUACCCGCAACAACGAUGUCUACCAUACCCCUACUGGCUCUGUCAAAAGCUUCAAGAGUUCUUCACGCCCGUCUACUGCAGACACCUUCCUGAAUGCCUCUCCGUCCUCAUGGGCAGGCCAGGAGAUUGGCCUUGCGGGCCCGUCAGCCAAACACUCGCGCGGUAACCGUGAACUUGACGAGCAAAAGGCACGUUGGGUGGAAGAGAUGAUGACUCGAGCCAAACAAGCCAGCAGCGUUGAGAGAAAGAAGAGCGAGCCCGACCACGCCGCUUGGGCAGAGAUGGGCAAAGUCGGUGGCACGAGACGCAUGAUUUUUCGGCACAAGACCGGAGGGGAGAAUGGUAGUGGCUAG